AUGUUCCUGAUGCCGUCCUCUUCAGAAUUCACCAGUGGGCAGAACUUCCUGACCCAAUGGAUGACCAAUCCGUCUCGAGCCGGGGUCAUAUUAAACCGUGGCUUUCCUGUUCUGGAAGUGGAAGGAGAGAAUCAGGCAGCUGGGAGCCUCUCUACAAGUUUCCCUAUUAAAGCCCCCCACUUUUCAAAUAGCUUCAGCUUUACCAGCGAAGAAGAUUCACUUCACAAAGAACAGAAGUCAGAGUCUAGCACUUCUUACAAAUUACCGUCAGAUACAUCCAAAACGAGUCCAGCCUUUUCUGUGACUAAAAAGGGACCACAGAUAGUGACGUGUCAGGAUGUUCCUGGACACUGGGAAGAUAACAAAAACGGUAUCAUCCUAGAUCUUCCGAACGAAUUCAAAGAAACAGCUUACAAAGACCCACUUUUUAAAAAACUUGAACAGUUAAAAGAAGUCCAGCAGAAGAAACAGGAACAGUUGAAGAGGCAGCAGUUGGAGCAGCUGCAGAGACUCAUGGACGAACAGGAGAAGCUGCUCACGAUGGUGUCCGGCCAGCACGCCUUCCCAGGUGAUUCCCUGCUGCCUGAUGAUCAGAGCCAGAAGUCCAGGUCUCCAGGCCAGUCAGCCCCCGGGGACAAAACUCCGCCCUUCCUACCGUCAUUGACCCACCAGACUCAAGCGCAAGACAAAUGCAGCCUUUUAUCGGAUGAACAGAGCAAUGUCUGUAGAGCUAUACCUCAAGAUUUUGUCUUGGCGUCAAAGAGCGGUGCUUCUCCCACUUUGUAUUACGAGGCAGAGAGUCAAGAAGCACUUGUGAAAGAAAAUGAUUUCAAAGGAGAAAGCCGUCUGCAUCCUGCAGGAGAUAUUUUACCAUGUUGGGAGAAAAUGACAGAACAGAUUAAGGAAAGGAGUGAUGUGAACUUUAAUCAAAUUGGUGAUUCCUCAGAAGUGGUUAAUAUUGAAGAAAGGCCUAUUAAAGCUGCUCUCAGAGAAAGGAAACAGACAUUUGAAGAGUACUUGGAAGAACAAAUUAGAUUAGAAGAACAAGAACGGAAACAAAAACAGGCAAGGGCCACAGAAGGAGCAUUGUUAAUCAAAGCCAAGCCAAAACAGCCUUUCUUAAAAAGAGGAGAAGGCUUAGCUCGAUUUGCUAAUGCUAAAUCUAAGCUUCAGAAAGGGAAGGAGAGUGUGGUGACUAAUCAGAGCCCCUCGGAGGACCGGUCGCAGCUUAAAGCAGACAGACAGCCGUUCCAAAGGAAGAUUGCUCUUGUAAGUAAAGAACCACACGCAGAAAACCGCAUUGUUAAGAAGAAUGGUAGAUCCGGAGCCAAGAGUGCCUCUGUCACACUCGCUCAGAAGCCAAAACAGCUGAAGAGUAGUAACAGAAAGAGCGUCUCUCCAUUGGGAUUAAAGACGCAGACAGGGAAGAAAGGCGACGGACAAUCUAAAGACAAGAUCAAAACAGAAAAGAAACUUGACUCUAAUAAUAAAGAAAAUAUACUAGAGUGUACCAGACCUUGCGACUCUGGUUGCAAAAUCUGGAGUAAGACACGAAGUAAAGAAAGGUCACCUCCUAUGACAGGGCCGGUCCCCUGCCUGGCUUCCCAGAGCCUGGUUGGCAUGAGUAUAAAAGAGGCAGAGUCUUCCUUGGAUAUUUCCCAGCAGAGAAAGUUGGAAAAUUGGGAGCGAGAGAAGGAAAAGGAAAAUUUGGAAUUAGAUGAAUUUUUGUUUUUAGAACAAGCUGCUGAUGAAAUAUCAUUUUCCAGUAAUUCCUCAUUUGUACUGAAAAUCCUAGAAAGGGAUCAGCAACUUAGCCGAGGUCACCGGCUCUCUUCCACCCCCGUCAAAGCUGCGCAGCAGAAAGCAGAUACUGCGGGGCCUGUUGGUGAGCGGAGCCCAGAUGAGAACCUUGACCGUAGUGGGUGUGAAAGUAAGAGCGAGGAUGAAGUCCAACAAUUUGAUUCACUGCCUUCACCGAGGGAGAGGAGGCAACGGUCCUGUGCGAGCAGUCGGAAAGCCUUUCUGAUGAGCACUUCUGAACCUCAAACGCGAUGGAACCCAUCCAGCGAUGAGGGUGUUCAGAACAGUGACAGUAGCACUGACUCUGAGGAACUACUAGAUGAGACCAUAAAGCCUGCAGUUGCAGACCCAGAAAGGCCUUUGGGUAGCAGAGAGGCCAGUCCAGAAAUUUGUCACGCCAGUGGACCUGCAAAGGACGCUGGGACUCAAGCCGAAAAUAAAUGUAGGGAUGUUGAUCUCGAUUUGUCUGAUAAAGACUACAGUAGUGAUGAAUCUGUUGUAAUAGAGAGCAUCAAAAAGAAAGUGUCUGAGCCCUCCAGAAAGAUCUCAUCUGUAAGUGUGAGUAGACUUGACUUUGAUGAUGAAAGAACUUGGACUGACCUUGAGGACAGUUCCUGUAAACAUGAUGUUACUCUUGAGAACGAAGCUAGGAGCCCUCAGGCAAGCUACCCCAGUAAGAGUGACCUGUGUGUCUCUGACAAAACGAUGAAAAGAAAGAUUGUCCCCGUCAAGAAGGGCGAAGACUUCAGCAGGUCUCGCAGGAGCCUCAGUCCUCCUCCUACAUCGGAUCUCGUGAUGAAGUUCUUCCCUUCUCUGAAACCAAAACCAAAGUCAGAUUCACAUUUGGGAAAUGAUCCUAACUUAAAUAUAAGUCAAGACCAACCUCCAGGUGACAGUGCUCGAUCUCAGGUUUUGAGAGAGAAAGUUAUUGAGUUGGAAAAAGAAAUAGAAAAAUUCAAAGAUGAAAACACAUCUUUAGCUAAACUUCGCAUUGAAAGAGAAAAUGCUUUGGAAAAACUUAGGAAAGAAAUUGCUGACUUUGAACAACAGAAAGCAAAAGAAUUGGGCCGAAUAGAAGAGUUAAAAAAGGAGGAAAUGAGAAAGUUACAAAAGGAGCGUAAAGUUUUUGAGAAGUACACCACCGCGGCCAGGUCCUUUCCAGACAAAAAGGAGCGUGAAGAAAUACAGGCUUUAAAACAGCAAAUAGCAGAUUUGCAGGAAGAUUUGAAGAGAAAAGAAGCCAAAUGGUCAAGUACACAUAGCCGCCUUAGAAGCCAGAUAGAGGCGUUGGUCAAGGAGAACACAGACCUCCGGGAAGAAAUAAAAGUGAUGGAGAGAUUCCGGCUCGAUGCCUGGAAGAGAGCAGCAGCGAUUGAAUGCAGCAUAAAGGCCGACGCGGGUGUGACGGCUUCGAGGAGAGAGGAGCCCAUGAACCCAUCAGUUUGCUUUCCAAAAAGUCAGAUUUCUUCAGGAACCCAGGUAGAAAAAUACAAGAAAAACUGUUUGCCCACACAAGGUAAUCCAUCAAGAAGACCCAAGCCUGCACUUCCUCGUGAAAAAAGCAGUCUGGAGAAGGAGAAGGGACAAGCUACCUCACCCCGGGAGCCAUUUGAACCAACAAGAGUCCCAGAUUCUGAAUGUAAAGAAGAAGAAGAAAAAGAAGAAAUUCAGGAGGAAAUCAAUCAUCCUGAUGGAAAGAUAGAAAAGCUUUUAAAAAAUGGGUGCCACAUUGUUCUGUUUCCAAAUGGGACUCGGAAGGAUGUGAGUGCAGAUGGCAAGACUCUGACCGUCACUUUCUUUAACGGAGACGUGAAGCAGGUUCUGCCGGAUCAGAGAGUGAUCUACUACUAUGCUGCUGCCCAGGCCACUCACACUACUUACCCAGAAGGACUGCAGGUGUUACAUUUCUCAAGUGGACAGAUAGAAAAACACUUCCCAGAUGGAAGAAAAGAAAUCACAUUUCCUGACCAGACUAUUAAAAACUUAUUUGUUGAUGGACAAGAGGAAAGCAUCUUUCCAGAUGGUACUAUUGUCCGAGUACAACGUGAUGGCAAUAAAAUCAUAGAGUUCAAUAAUGGCCAGAGAGAACUCCACACCACGCAGUUCAAGAGGCGGGAAUACCCUGACGGCACUGUUAAAACUGUCUACGCAAAUGGCCACCAAGAAACCAAAUACUCUUCUGGUCGAGUCAGAGUCAAAGACAAGGAUGGGAACGUGCUCAUGGACACUAAACUGUAA